CCAGAGCAAGAUUGGAUCGGCGAUAAGAUAGCGCCGAACUGCCGCUUGACCUGAACUUUCUCCAAUUUAUCGAUAACAUAGUACUAUCAACCAGGCAUUUUCACGAUCGCUGUUCGGUUGCUGUUCGGGAAAUAGCUCUGUGAAUACCUGCAAGUUUCCGAUCAUUGCGGUAUAUAUUACUCUCCGCCUCCCGCAGGUGUGAUCGAGUGUCGGUGCUCGUCGGACACUGCCGUGCUUAUCAAUCAGGAACCCGCCUCAGUCCGCCAUUGUACCGUGCCCUGCCGUCGUGAUAAUGGAAGACAACGCUGAACUAGAGUCGUUUCGACGGCAGUGGCGGGAGGAAGUCGCCCGUCGGACGAAGCAUACCAAACCUACCACGCCACGGCCAAAACGCGUCACAAGCCCCUCUUCUAGGGCACGACCGAGUCAAUUCCCGCCAACUCGCCACGAGGCAUGGCUACGCAAAGAAGAAGACGAGGAAAGGACAACAUCAUUUGGUAGCGCUGAAAUCGUCCAAGGUGUUAGCAAUCUAAACAUUACCAAUGAUGAGGAUGUUUUUCAUUCACAAGAAACACGAAAGGAGCCUAAAUCAGCUCUAGAGCACUUUGAACGAGCGGUGGAGAGGGAGGCCGAGGGGAAGUUGGGGGAUAGUCUACAACAUUACCGCAAAGCAUAUAAGUUGGACUCGGCUGUCGACAAGACUUACCGUGACAAGCACUUUGCCUGGGCGUGGAAAAAGCCAGCCAAAGCCCCAGCUCCUGCCGCGCACAUAACUUCGAAAGAUCAACCAACUCAAGAUGAAUCAGAGACUUUAACAACGCCCGAGCUUAUUGCAUCUUUUGCCCACCUGCCCAUUGCUCAACCAAAGCCUCUCUUCGAGGGCGACCCCGCACCCCCAUGUCCCAUCGCUCACGUUCCUUCGGAGGUGAUAGUCGAGAUUUUGAGGCAUGUGGCAUUAAUGGACCCAGCGGCAUUCUCUCGGAUGUCACUGGUCUGCAAACGAUUUGCAUGGCAUUUUGCUCACGAACAGCACAUAUGGAAACGACUUUGCCAGGGUCCUGAAUUUGGCUUCAAGUCUAUGCAUUAUGCUUUCGAUUGCGACCUUCACGGUAACCCAGAGAACACACUAAGCCCUCGUUCUCGCUACACUCCGUUUCCUGUUGGCACUGCUGUGCAGGUUCCCAAGCCGCUCUCCUCAUGGAGUGACGUAUUUCAAAUGUUCCCUCGUAUUCGAUUUACAGGAAUCUACAUUAGCACAGUCAACUAUACUCGCGCCGGUGCUGCCUCAUUUUACCAAAAUAUAUCGUGGAACUCUCCGAUCCACAUAGUCACAUACUAUCGAUAUCUACGAUUUUACCCGGAUGGCACAGUCAUCGCCCUACUCAGUACCGUGGAACCUCUGGACCUGGUCCCACAUAUUAGCAUUGAAAACGUUAUAGAAGCCCAGGCAUCUCACAAGCACCACCGACGUCCGCCUUUGGACGCAGGUAAGACUGUAGCGGGAGGCGCGGAACCAACACCUGCGAUCGCAAUGGGAGCCUUAAAAGACGCUCGCCAGGGUCGUUGGCGCUUGGCCGAUCCUUUCCCAGCCUCCGAGACGGGCGCGCAGGUAGAGACGGGCCUUCCUUCGGUUCAUGGCGGUAAAGACCUGUCGGCCGAUGCCUUCGAUCCCAGAGACGUCAUUAUCGAGACAGAAAGUGUUAGCCGGUCGAGCAUCAAUGUUCUCCACAUGUCACUGCGGUCAUCUGCGGCGCAUAAGUCCACCAAUGCGCCCAAAAACACGAAAUUGAUAUGGAAGGGCUAUUGGAGCUACAACAAACUCAAUGAUGAUUGGUCUGAAUACGGUCUUCGCAAUGACCGCGUCUUCGUCUUUCGACGUGUUCGUGGAUGGGGUAUGAAUUAACGAAUCAUGGAAUUUUAAUCUGGCGCUUUAUACAUAGAUGGAAAUGUAUAGACAACGGGAAAACAUCGAGCAAAUUCUUGGGUACACAAAUUAUGACAUGGGAAAACGAAGUCUGUGAAUUUAUAGACUGGGUUAUAAUAUAUACAAUGGAAACGCACCAGUAUGAAUAAACCACCGAAUAUGAGCAUGACAUUUAGCGUCCUUCGCUAGUAUAUUUGCGACUGUAGGAAU